AUGAGCGCACCUGGGAGCCAGGACCCCGGCCUUUUGUACCAGCAUAUCGCAAGUGGUCAGGAGGCGGGUUGCUUAAAGAACAUUGCUGACACCAUCAACACAGCGUUUCUGAGCCCGAUGAAUGUAUUUGAGCCCCUUUCAGAGAAAUGUCACCUCACCCCCGAGUCAGAGGAACACGCGUACACUCUCCAAGUCUCCCAGCUAUCGGUCUUAAAGAAACUGGCAACCCAGUUGAACCCCUCCAAAGCUUGCGGACCUGACGGGAUGCCAGGCUGGAUUCUCAAGGAGAAGGCCGACUUGCUAGCGGAGCCAGUUACCGACAUUCUUAACUGCUCCUUUAAAGAGGCAAGGCUGCCUCAGUCGUGGAAAGAUGCAGACAUCGCCCCAGUCCCCAAGCAGAAACCCGUCCUUGACGUAAACAAACAUCUGUGCUGUCUAAGCUCGCAGAAGAUUACGUAG